AUGUUUGAAGAUGAGCAAACAAACAUUCACCAAUGUAAUGUAAAGAUUACAACUCAACUAUCUCUUGUUAUUGGUUUGUCAACAACUACCACUAGUACUAGUACAGCCAAAGUAACAUUCAAGAUCACUCUUACUUCUGAUCCAAAGUUACCUUUUAAGGUAGUUAGUGUCCCAGAGUCUACUCCUUUUACAGCAGUUUUACGAUUCACAUGUGAACAAUUUCGUGUACCAUGGGAAACAUCAGCUAUUAUUACAAAUGACGGUAUUGGAAUCAAUCCUGCACAGACUGCUGGUACAGUCUUUUUAAAACAUGGUAGCGAAUUGAGAUGUAUUCCAAGAGAUAGAGUUGGAUCAUGUCAAUAA